CUGAAGGCCUCUCUGUCCAAGACAUUGAAUCCCUUCUAUCCUGUAUCAGGAAGAGUGAAAGACAACCUCAUCAUCCACGACUUCCAACAGGGUGUCCCCUUCACCGAAGCCCGAGUGAAGGGGAACCGCCUGUUCGACUUUCUGGCCUCGCCACCCAACUUGGGGCUCCUACACAACUUGCUCCCCUCCGAGCCUUUUUGCCUGGCGCCACAUCAUCAUCAUCAUCAUCCACUACUAGCAGUACAACUCAACACGUUUGUCUGCGGUGGGAUCGCACUCGGGCUGAACAUGUACCACAAGCUCAUGGACGGGGCCACCACCAGUGCGUUCCUCCACACCUGGGCGGCCAACUGCAACGUCCGUGAUCCCGCGGGAUCAUCGACAAUAUUGCUGAAAAACCAACCAGAGUUACGCAAACCAUCCUCAGUUUUCCAUCCUCGCGACCCUGUACUUGUCGAUCAGUGCCAGAAGGCCAUGGCAAGCAUGAUUUUCCCAGAUGUCCGUCCGGGAGGACAAAAGGCUACCACCAGGAGGUUCGUGUUUGAUAGAAACACGAUAACGGGCCUGAGAGCCAGGGCAAGGAGCAACAAAGUUACGAAUCCGACUCGUCUUGAAACUCUGUCUGCUUUCUUUUGGGAAGCCGCCCUCAAGACAUCUACGACUACUACAGCCGGUGGGCCACGACAUCAACUACCAUAA